AUGGGGGUUUUGAUGGUCAAAGGAGGGUCAUUACGUGAGAUCAUCACGUAUAAUCGUCCAAACUGGCCCUGCCUCAAGGCAGUCCGGCCACACAACAAAGCCCUCCGCUGUGCUUCAUGCACAUCUGGUCCCUGCUCCUUCUGUCCCGUCUCCUCUGCUCGGGACAUCCCGCCCCGUCCCUCCGACCCUUCGCCUUUCCCCCCUCCUCAGACUCCAGCGUCUGUCCCCCGUUCGCGGGUACCUCCUUCGUCCCUCCGGUCGGUUCGCCGUACUUCGCCGGACCUCCGCCCGUCGCCUCCGUCGCCGUCGCCCUUCGCUCCUGUGGCCGGCCCAUCACGUCUCCCGGCUGUUCCUCCUUCGUCUUCUCGCCGUCCUUCGGCCUCUGCUCCUUCGGCCUCCCGUCCUUCGGCCUCCCGUCCUUCGGCCUCUCGUCCUUCGGCGCCACGUCCGUCCUCUCCAGUGGUAGCUUCUCCUCCGGCUCACGGCACCCGAAGUCGGCGUCCUUCUGUUCCUCCGGCCACUUCGGCGGCCCCUCCCGUCACCCCUCCCUCUGCUUCCCAGAAGACACCGAAGUCUUCUUUAAAGAAAUCAAAAGGGAAAUCUAAAGAGAAGGAGGUUGCCUUCAAUGAUGGUGAUGUGGAAGAUGAAGAUACUCAGCGUGCUGGUCCCUCUGCUCCCCGGUUGUCCCUCGUCCACCCUCGUAUCUCCCUGGACGUCCGUAUUCCUGAGGACAAAAAGGAAUUCGCCACUUAUCGUUCUCUCGUCCUCGGUCUCACUACUCAGCUCGAGGCCGCCCAAAAUGAUACAUCUCUCCUGCUUGACUUCUCUUCUCGUCAAGCUAACGCUUUAAACAAUCUUACUGCGGCGUUAGUAGAUGUAGUCAACACUGGGGCUCUGGACGACGAAGCAAGGACGAGGUUAGCGGACGUCUCUCGCCGAAGCCUUACUGAGAUAGCCGAUGUUCGCCGAAGACUGUUCGACACCCCCUUCCUAGUUACUCCUAUGGCGUAUGAGCCACCACCGUCCCUUGACUGGUUAGGUCGCCGUAGUAGUUCUCGUGUCCCAGCUUCCGCCCAGACUGCUCUCGACCUCCUCAGUCUUCCCUUCGAGUGUCUACGGACCAUACGUUCUCUGUGGAGGACUCCAAGCAUGCAAGCUGCUCGAGAUGUCCAGGACUUCGGUGACUUCUUCGGGGCUAUGAAUCGGGCAUGGAAUGCUUCUCUCUCUACUGCGUUCCCGUCUGAGACUCUCGAUCUACCUUCGGUCAUCGGUAGCCUCCACACCAAUCCUGCGGGACCGAGUAGAUCGAAGGAGAAAGGAAAAGGAAAAGGUAAGGGUAAGAGUAAGGACAAGUGA